GACUAUUCAGCACCAGAUUUAUUCGCGAACUGAAAUAGUCAACUGCUUGUGUUAUUUUCUUCACUUUCUCUAAAACUAUAGAAGCCCCUCUUUUUUAUUUGGUCCUUAAAAAGUAAGAAACAGUUUGAAAAGACAUAAAGUAAGAAACAGUUUGGACGGACAGAAAAAGAUAUGAUAAAUGAGACUAGAAAGGAAGGAAGGAACAUUUUGUCUUGGGGUAUUGAAAAUGGAGACGGGUGGCGCCAACCAAGAGUAAAUUUAUCUUCUAGAGAAAUAAUCUUUUCAGAAGUCUACUAAACGAGCAAGCGAAUGCUGGAAUUCUUUCUUAUAUCCUGAUAGGUACUAACAUUUCCAAUGUUUCCAGUUCUCCUCGUAAAAGGCCGCACCGGCAAAGACCUGCUGAUGCUAAACGGCUACACGUACUACCAGCACAAGAUCCUCAGGGACGGCUUCCGCUGGAGCUGUACCCAGAUGGGCUCCAGAUCUUGCCGAGGAUUUCUCCACGUGACCAAUGAGAUGCUGGUCGUCAGAGCCCAUACGGAGCACACGCAUCCGCCUUCAACUUACUUUUUGGAGAAGAUUAAGCAGCAGUAUGCUAGAGAAGUUGAUCUCAAGAAAAGCUCAUCCGACGAGGACGAAACUUCUCUGUCUUCGCUGAAGAUCGCAAGCAUACAGGGCCGCGUCGGGUUUUAGCCCACGUUGCCAUAGCCUUUGUUAUAAUCAUGUUCUAAGAGGACUGAACUAGCCAGAGCAUCUACAACCUUGCUAAGUGGGUUAGGACAUGUUCACUGGCAAAGGUUUUUGAGUGGCGACACAGGCGACCGUUUAUUGGAAGAAGCAGUGAGACAAGCCCCUUGGCAAGGUAGCGCGACGAUGUGACCGAGACCGCUGGAUAAUAUUGAAAGAUGUCUUUGACGUGUUGAACUCGUCUGGCGUUUCUUCUGUCUACUCUUAGUUACACGAGCUAAAGAACAAACGCCGCACGCAUGUUGUCGAACAGUCAGCAUCAAAAGUAGCGGAACAAAUAACGUUUCAUAAGUAUCUACCAUUCUGUAACAGCUAAACAAAAAGUGCUGUCUUUAAUAUAUAACUGACUGUAAAAGAUAUACUUUUGAGCGCGAAUUUUAGGAAUUUAUCUAUAUUUUGAAAAGUUAUCCGGAAUAUCAGAUACUUUUGGCGCGUUAUUUCAUCCGCUACUUUUGAUGCUGACUGUACAUACAUUAAUUAUGACAGCACGAUUGUAUGUAGCUGAUGUUCUGGUCUGUUUAGCCCUCUGUACUUAUACUCUUUUGUUGACGAUGUCUCGAAUAAUAAGGAUCAUAAUAAUAAAGUCAUAUUAACCUUUACUUAUACAAUAAGAACUUAUAUUUUACUUUUAUCAUGGUAUGAAAUUGUAGAUAUUUUAUAAUAUAAGUGCAACUUGACUAGUUUACAUAUUAAAACACAAACAUGCUUUGCUUA